AUGUAUCUCAACGUAGACAAAGAGCUUCCUUUGUUGCCCAGAUACUUGAGCACACCCACUGGCGCAAGGUCAAUGCCCUUGGCACCUUCGUCCACUGGUGGCCAGGUCAAUAUGGAACCCCCCUACCCAACGCUCGUGCUCGAACAUUUUCCAUCAUCUGCAGAGCUUGCACUUAUUAGUUCCUGGCAUGAUGCCACCUCAGCUCGGCAAGUUCGCUUUCAGCGCAAGUCAACGCCUGAUGAUUGUCUGCGUUCUUUUCCACCGCCAAUGUCUGAAGCGGAGAAGGCUACACUAAGGACUUCAUGUGAAAAUGACAACAAUAUACCCCAGAAACAACGGGGAUUAUUCACCGGGAAACGGCCAGUAGAAGAGAAAAGGCCGAAAACAUCAAUGCCUUUCCGCUCCCAGAAAUUUGCUCCUUACGAGGCCACUGCUUUUACCACGCUCACGCGGCCCGCUUAUGGUCCUGUUAAUCAGCUCGCUUUUACCUCCGCGCCCACUCAUUCAAUCGAUGCUCCGGGUGAUGAGCUCGAUGAGGCUUCGCAGGCACUAGGAAUUGACAUGAAUGAUGGAGGUAUUUAUCUCACUUUCGAUCCCGACUGUAGAUCCUCCCGCGGUGAAGCCGUCCUUACUUUCUUGUCACCAAUUCCUGACGAGACAUACUCGCCCCCCAUUCCUCAGCACCGCUCCCUGAACGAGGUCCAGUUUGGGCAGGGGUCAGCGAUGCCCCGGGUCACGUCUACCAGGGCCAAGAUGCAAUGA